UUAUGUAUUCAUUCAUAAUGUUGAGUGAUUUUGAAUAAUUAUUAAUUUUAACUACCAGAGUAAAAGCUUGUGGAGCAAAGUUUAAUAGAUUCAUCCCUACAAUUGAUGACAUAUCAUAUUGUCCUAAAUACAUGCAUGUAAAAUACAAUCUAUUGUCUUAUUGUUCAAUCAAAGAAGACGAGAGAUAAUAUAAGUUUCUGAUGUGCGCACAUAGCUUAAGUUAACACUAUCUCCAGCCCAGGUAAAUAUAAGUUUAUCAAAAUGUAAUUUGAUAAGAAGAUAUGUAAAGGUAGUUCAUGAGUUGUUCAACAAUAGAAUUCAUUUGUUAUCACAGGUUCAACAUAUGGUAAUACGUUCUAAUAACCAAUUGCCCGACAACCAAAUAUUAUAGGAUUUUUCAAUUUGGAGACAUUGAAAGUUUAGGGUACCUGUAUUUGGGUCAUUGUCACAGGUAUACAUUUGCACCCAAUAAGGGUCGAAAGGAAAAUGCCCAAAUAUAGCUUGACAACAGAGCCGCAGGAAAUCACUGCAAUAAAAGACAAUGCUGGGGGAGGUAAUUAUGAUAUAUCUGCGAGUCCAGAUCCUGACAUUAAGGUGACUGAGGAGGGGGAUGAUGAGGAGACUGAACGUGGUCAGUGGGGAGGAUAUUGCGACUUCCUCCUAACAUGUAUAGGAUAUUGCGUGGGACUUGGAAAUGUAUGGAGAUUUCCAUAUUUAUGUUUUAAAAAUGGAGGCGGGGCGUUUCUGAUCCCCUACAUAAUAUCUUUAUUACUUAUGGGAAUACCCCUGUAUUUCCUGGAAUUAUCAUUUGGACAGUUUGCUAGUAUUGGACCAAUAGCAAUAUGGAAGGCAGUUCCUGUAUUUAAAGGUCUCGGGUAUGCUAUGGUUAUAGUAAACACAGUUAUAUCUCUGUACUACAUUGUGAUUGUCGCAUGGGUCUGGUACUUUUUCUUCACAUCAAUGCGCUCCCCACUCCCCUGGGUGGAUUGUAAUAAUCGUUGGAACACACCAAAUUGCUUUGAUAGACAACAGGCCAUCAAUUGUACUGCUCUGAAUGCUACCUUCUUUAAUGGAACUGUCUCAAACUGCUCAGAGGUUCCAGAAUUGUUAUCAAAAACUCAAACACCAGCUCAUGAGUACUUCUAUAAUCAUGUGCUUGAGUUGACUGAUGGUUUGGGUGACUUGGGAGGGAUGAGAUGGCCUCUUCUGGGUACUUUGUUCCUCAGCUGGGUCAUUGUUUUUCUUGUACUUAUUAAGGGUGUGGCCUCACUAGGGAAGGUUGCAUAUUUCUCCUCGUUGUUCCCCUACUUCAUGAUGACAGCCCUGUUGAUACGAGGUGCCACAUUAGAGGGGGCCAGGAAAGGAAUAGAGUUCUAUAUGAUACCAAAGUGGGAGAGACUAGCUGAUAUACAGGUAUGGAGUGAUGCUGCUAAUCAAAUCUUCUACUCUCUCGGCAUUAGCAUUGGUACCCUGACUGCAAUGUCCAGCUUUAACAGAUUCAACCACUACUGUCUACGAGAUGCCCUCAUUGUACCAUUCAUUAACUGUGCCACCAGUAUAUAUGCUGGUUUUGCUGUAUUCUCAGUGCUUGGCUUUAUGGCUACCAGGGCCAACCUGCCUGUGGAACAGGUUGCUGUGUCAGGUCCAGGGCUUGUGUUUGUAGUGUACCCCGAAGGACUAACUCAGAUGCCAGGAUCCCCUACCGCCUGGGCCAUCCUUUUCUUUAUCAUGAUGAUGUUUCUUGGAUUCAGCUCACAGUUUUCCCAAGUUGAGACGAUUAUUUCAGCAUUUAAUGAUGAAUCCGGGGGCUGGUUCCUCAGAGGAAGAUGGAGGGGUUUAGCAUUCAGGGCAACUGUGUGUCUCAUUAUGUUUGCUUGUGGAAUACCUCUAGUCUUUCAGGGUGGCUUCUAUGUGUUUACAAUAUUUGACACUUAUGCUGGAGGAUUCCCUCUCCUUAUAAUAGGUCUACUAGAAGUCAUUGUUAUCACAUAUAUAUAUGGAUUCAAUAGAUUUGCUGAAGAUAUUCAGAUGAUGAUUGGGUAUAAACCAAGUUUGUUUAUAAGAGCUUUUUGGAAUGUCAUUACACCACUACUUUUGUUGGUGAUCAUUAUACUGAAGAUUGUGCAAUACAAGCCAUUAACAUUUGGGGAUUACACAUACCCCCCUUGGUAUGGAGCAAUAUCAUGGUCGCUGGUUGCUCUCCCACUGUUAUUCAUUCCAGGGGUUGGGUUAGCAGUGCAUUGUAAAAAUGGAGGUUGGAAGAUAUUUAAGAAGACACUUGCCCCCGCGGCAGAAUGGGGACCUGCAUUAAAUAAACAUCGCACAGGACGAUAUGAACCAAUCGUUAAAAACAGGAUAGAACUUGAAUCAGGACCAUCAUUCACUCCAUCAAGUGGGGAUGAACUACCCCCUGCAUAUAUUAAUGCAUAUGAUAACACUACUAGUAAUUACUACGCAAAUGCUAAUGGUCAUAUACCUAGUAAUGAGAAAAAUGGACCAGAACAAACAAUGAAUAAUGAUGGUGGAAAGACGAACUUAGCGUUUGAAGGAGAGCAAAGAUUUUAAAUGUAACACUUAGGACAUCUGUAGAUAUUAUGUUUAAUAAAUAUGUAGAUACUAAUAUUAUGUAGAAUAUCUUUAAUAAAAUUCUAUCUCAUACUGAGAA